AUGGAGUCCUUGGCGGAGGAGUUGAAGCCGGAGUUCCCAAUCGGGAAGGUGUUUGACCCGCCACUCCUCCUUCGGUCGGAGCCUGCGCUCGGACCUCUUUUAUUCAACCCAGAACCCAAAACCCUCACCCAACUCUUCUCUUCUCCCUCUCUCGCUCCUCCUCUUCUUUCUCCUCAUCCUCGCCUCUCGCUCUCCAGGUACAUCUUCACUACUUGUCCUUCAGUUCCUCCUUCCACCGCUUCCUCCAUUGACUCUAUAUUUGGCCCACAAAACGACCCAGUUUCCUCCCUUUCAUUGUCGCACAACCGCCUUCAGCUCCUCGAGUUCAAUGGUGAUAGUGCUAUUGUGUUUUUUCCAACUGGGGAGAACCUUGAACAAAUUGGGUUCUUGGUGCUUUCUGUUAAAGAUGGGAAUUUGAAGGUUGAUGCUGAAAACGAAUUUAUUUUCAGGGCAGAAAAGCGGUCUAGUCAUCGGAUUCUCAGGAUUCUGGUGAACCCAGUAGUGCGAUCUUGGGGUUUUGAAAGUGAGUCUUCUGACUAUGCUACCAUUGGGUAUUUGAUGGCUUGUACUAUGUAUUCUGUCGAUUGGUAUAGUAUUAAAUUAAGUGGAAGUAGGAAAAGGCCUUUUUUGAGUUAUUUGGGUUGUAAAAGGUUUAAGACUUGUGCAAUUGCGGGAGCUUGUUGGAGUCCACAUUUGCCUGAGGAGUGCCUGGUAUUGUUAGAAAGUGGUGCAUUGUUCUUGUUUGAUAUGGAAUCGGAUUGCUCGAUUGCUUAUUUUAAAGGGACUAGAUUGAGAGUUUCCUGGGAUGAUUCUAGUCAUUCAAAGAGUGCUAGAUGGUUGGGUUGUGAGUUCAGCUGGCAUGGUAGGAUUUUGAUUGUUGCACGAUCAGAUGCUGUUUUCCUGGUUGACGUAAGGGCUGAUGAAAUUAAGAUGACUUGUUUAGCAAAAAUUGAGAUGUUGGGUAUGUACUCAACAACUGAAAAGCAGUUUCUUGCAUUUUCAAAGGCAGUUUCUAAUGGAUUCCAGUUUGUUUUGGCUUCUGAUAGCUUGCUAGUAAUUUAUGAUGUGCGCAGGCCUUUGAUGCCAAUAUUGCAGUGGGAACACAAUAUUGAUAAACCUUGCUUCAUCGAUGUAUUUAGAUUAUCUGAACUGAGGUCACAGUUAAAGGAUGCUACCUAUGAAUGGGCUACUAACUCAGGGUUUUGCAUUGCAUUGGGAUCAUUUUGGAAUGACGAGUUUAAGCUCUUCUGCUGCGGUCAUUGUUUGCCUGCUUGUAAGGGUUCUGGUACAGGUACUCUAGAAAUUUCAAACUACUGCAAAUCCCUUUAUGCAUGGGAGCUUCCUUCAAAUUUAUUGUUGUCUGGGCGUGAGUGUCCCUGUGGUAGUUGUAUUCUCAGAGAAGAUUUUGCAAAGGAUGCCCUUCCCACGUGGGUUGAUUGGCAGCAGAAAAAAGAGAUAGUUUUAGGCUUUGGACUCCUAGGCAAGGAUCUUACUUCGUUGCUAUCUGUGUCAGGAGAAUCUGCUGGGUUUAUGGUAAUUAGGCUUAUGUCGUCUGGAAAGCUUGAAUCUCAAAGAUAUUAUGCCUCAUGGAAAUUGGUUAAAAAAUCUGAAGUAGCUCACAGAGACCCAUUGCUAGGUGUUGAAGAUCAUGCACUGUAUGAUAUGGGUGAUGAGGUGUACAAAUUUCCCAAAAGAUAUAAGUAUCUAAAGCUUAAUUACCUUAAUGCUUAUUUAAAUGGUGAUCUUUCUCAACUUCUUGCUUCAAGUAUGAAUAACUGUGUCAGAAAGGAAACUAAGCUGAAAGAAAAGUUUAGCUCAGAGUUUCAUGAGAUUUUAAGUGAAAAGUUGGAGAUUUGUGGGUUCAGUCAGUUUCGUACUUCUCCGGCGGCCACAGUUGUCUUUGACGACAUCAGUGUGCCCACAAGCAUUUGUGAGGUUGCCUCAAAAAGAUUAUGGGCAGAAUUGCCUAUGGAACUCCUGCAGCUUGCCUUUUCAAGCUACUCUGAAUUUCGUCACGUACUCGUAGAUGAGAAGAAGGUUUCUUUGGAAUUUUUAACAGUUCCGGACUUACCCCAAUUGCCUCCUUUCUUCUUGAGGAAACCUUCAUGCCGCAGCAGUAAGUGGUCUCGCAAAGUGGAGCCUAGUGAUACCCUUGUUGGUCCAGUUCUUCCUCUUCCUGUUCUACAAACAAUUCAUGAGUGUCAGAAUGGGUGUCCAAAUUCACAAGAAGUAGAUGAUUUCUCACCAGAGGCAGAGCUUGACCUCGUAUGUGAAGAAGUUAGGCAAGUGGCCAAGGAAACAUCUGUGUCAGUUCAUUUGCCUCAGCUUCCUGAUGAUGCUGCUGUCUCUCUUGAUGAUGACACCGAAGAAGUGUGCGUUGACUCUCAGAAAACGAAACCUUUUAUUUCAUACCAUCCAGCUGCUUUUGAGUGCUCUGAGAAUAAUGGUGUUUAUAAAGAUGGGAGUUAUACUACUUUGAUUGCCAAAGUGCACAAAGAGGAGUCUGUUCCUAAUGAAAAUAUGGAGACUGUUGGACUACAGAUGUUUGAUGAUCUAUGCCUCAUCAAACUAAAGUUUGAUACUCCUGAUGUGAAAUUUGGGGUGCAGGAAUUAAAAGCGCACAAUGCCUUGAAGAGGAAGUUCGCAGAAUGGCAAAAGGGCUCCAAACCAUACCAGGAAUUUUGCACCAAGUUUAAACUCCGAAAGCCAGAUUCAUGA